UCAGCUUCUUUUGUUUGUAGAUAAGAACCACCGGACACUUACAUGAGAUCAUUCACCACCAUGCCUCUUCUCCCCACCUCUUCCUUCAAAACAGCAGCCACCGUCGUCAUCACCGGCGUCUUAUCUCUCGCGGCAGCCGUGAGUUUCACCGUUCCUUCAGUCUCACAUUUCGUGGCCUCUAGCUAUCCCAUGAUAUACGAUAACACAGUCUUCCUCCUAAAGCCACCGUAUCUUUACUUAGUCAUCAACUGCAUCAUCGUCUCUAUCGUCGCUACGUCUAAGCUCACUCACAAAUCGUCAUCCAAUAUCGACUUCUCCGAAGCAGUGACGGUAGUACCGGUACCUUCUGAUAUAGUCGCUGGUUACUUAAACGUGUCUCAUCACGCCGUAGCUUCUGAUUAUACCGAAGGUGAGGACAAUGAUCCGAAGGUGGAAGAUGUCCCUCUAGUCAUCGAUGAUGAUAAGCAGCUAGAGACAGAGAAGCUAAAACCAAAGAGUGAUUGGUCGGAACCGGAGACGGAGAAGCCAAAACAGCAGAGUGAUUGGUCGGAACCGGAGGCGGAGAAGCCAAAACAGCAGAGUGAUUCGCCGGAGGUUUCGAGGGUGAAGCUAUCAAGGAAGCCGCCGAGAUACAGUCAACAAAAGUCUCUCAAAAUGACUGCUGAAGGUAAAAAGCCACCGAGGAGGCAGGACACGCUGGAGACGACGUGGAAGAAGAUAACGGAAGGACACUCGACGCCGUUUACGAAGCACUUGACUAAAUCCGACACGUGGCAAGAGAGGUCGCACGUGCAUAGCUCAAAGGAGAAGAUGACCAAGUCUGAGAACUUGAAUGACAUAAACGCCCCCACGGAGCUGAAACGCGAGCCGUCACCGGGUCAGGAAGAGCUGAACCGCCGUGUGGAAGCGUUUAUCAAGAAGUUUAAUGAAGAGAUGAGAUUGCAAAGAUUAGAGUCCUUGGCUAAGAGUAAAGAAAUGGUAAAUGGAGGGACUCAUUUGUAAAUAUUCGUGUUUUUAAAAAAAAAAAAUUAGCUGUUGAUGAACACUGGAGAAAGGGACGGCACCGGCACAGUCGCAAAUGUUGACUCUUUUGUAUAACUACUUUAGCUGUAAAUGACUUUUGCGUGUGUGUAUGAUUCGUCAUAUUUGUACUUUCUAGGCCGUCUAAAAUCACAGUUAUCGUGUGGUUUAAGAUGAAAGGAUAACAUGUGAACAAAGACUAGACUAGUGAGUAGUAGUAAUCGAA